CCCGCAAUGAAGUCCUCCAAAACAGCAUCGCCAGCGCCAGCCGAAGGCGACGGCAAGAAGUCGCGGGCCAAGCACGCCUGUCGCGAGUGCAACACGCGCCGAGUCCGCUGCGAUGUCAUGGAGAAGCAGCCGUGCUCCAACUGCCGGGCCGCUGGGGCGAGCUGCCAGGUUCUGCCGUCGCGGAGGGGGAGAUACCCUCGUAGGUCCCGUCGGCUGCUGCAGCAGGUGCGCAGUGAGAGCGUCACUCACGCCUCGAGCGACACCGGCCAGUCCACGCCUCUCGACGGAAAUGCAGCAUCAUCUCAUCCACUGGCCUCGGACACGCAGGACCAAGCGGCAGACCACCACUCGGGCCAUCUCCCGGCCGUCUCGUCCCCAUCGUCUCCCACCCCCGCGAACACGCCCGGAACCCGCUUCUACGGCGAGUCCAGCUUCCUCACCCUCGUUCCCGGCGAGGACGAGGGCACGUCCAGCCAGCCCAACGCCCCAGGCGGCGGCGGCGGCAGAAACAACCAGAAGCCCCGGUUCACGUUCCCCAUGCCGCCGACGCCCCAGUCAGCCUCGCAGACGGCCCAGGGCGGCGCCCACGGCCUCAGCACCGGCCUGAUGCGCUACCUCGCCGACGAGGGCGCCCUGACGCUGCCCGACCUCGAGAGCUGCCUGCCCGCGCUGCAGGCGUACUUUGCCUGGUUCCACCCCAGCUACCCGAUCCUCGACCGGGCGCAGAUCGCCCGCCGCCUGGCCUCGGCCACGUCCUUCUCCGGCGUCGACAUGUCGCGGAUGCUGCUGCAGGCCAUGCUCCUGAUUGGGGCGACGUACUGCGACGCGGCGACGAUCCGGGCCAUGGGCUUCCAGGACCGGUCGCAGGCCAAGACAGCCUUCUACACGCGCGCGCGGCUGCUGUUCCAUGCCGACUGGGAGAAGGACGAGACGGUGCUGAUCCAGUCGCUGUUCCUCAUGAGCUUCUGGAGGGGGGCGCCGGCGGAUGUGCGCGACGUGCGGUAUUGGCUGGGGGUUGUGAUUACGCUUGCCGAGUCGUAUGGCUUGCAUCGCUCGUCUCGGUCCAUGUCAAAGGAUUCGUAUACGGCUUGCAUGAGACGACGGAUAUGGUGGUCCAUCUACGUAAGAGAACGACAGGCGUCUGCAUCUCUGGGUCUUCCUAGCAGAAUCAGAGACGAAGACUGCGACAUUGAACCUCUCACUCCGAUGGACCUGGAAUCUGAAGUUGGCCCCGUCGACUCUUCGUUUGGGUCGUGUCAGCCGGAGCACGUCACCUAUGCAAUCAAGAUGGUGGAAAUUGCCAAGCUACUCGGCAGAAUCAUCGACCUCCACUUUGUCCCCGGCCACGCCUCCUUAUCCUCAACCUCCCCAGACACUCUCCACGACCUCAACGCCUCUCUCGAAGCCUGGAUGGCCAGCCUCCCCGAAGACAUGAAGUAUUCUCCCGAUCACGGCAAUGAUUCUGUCUGGGCGUGCCUCCUCCACCUCGCAUACAACCAUCUCAAGAUUUUGAUACACAGGAAUAGCUUCCUCCGCCUCGAAUCUACGACGCCCGGGUCCCAGGUCGUGAUCAAGGCCGCGUGUCGCAUCAGCCGCAUCGCCGAGGACAUGUCGACACAGGGGACCCUCCGCUACGGACAAAUGCAUCUCAUCACGAGCAUCUUCUCCGCCCUGUGCAUCCACACCAUCACCAUCCGCCGCGGCUCAGGCCUCACCAGACGCCUUGCCGAACACCGCGCAGAGACGUGCCUCCUCUGCCUGAAAGAGGUCCAGAAGUACUGGCGCAUCAACAUCAACAUCCUCGACUUCUUCCUGCAGUACCUAGACCGCUCCAUCGCCGCGCGCCUGCACGGCAUGCAGUCCGACGCUCCGCCUCCGCCCAGCCGAGGGGUCGGAAGAGGAGGAGAAGCAAAAGCAAACGACGCCAAGUCCAUCACCGUAGCUGACGCAGCCUCUUCCUCUGAAAACGCAAAUCCUGGCUCAAUGCCGUACCCUCGUGUCGAUUAUGAAGCGACCGCAGCAGCAGCAGCAGCAGCAGCACCAACGCUUGACCUUUCCAUUCCCGCUCUCGGGCCGGGACACUAUCUGGCGCAGGAAGAGUUCCGAGAGCAGUAUCUCGGCCUCGUCAGCCAGGGUGACGACGUGCUGGGUGAUUGGGAUCUGUUUCUGCAAGGCGAGGACUUUUCACAGACGGGGAGUGGGUUCAACGUGUUGGAAAGGUCAUUGUAAGU